AUGUCCUCAUCAAAGAGCGUAGUCAGCCCACCUCCACCCCAUGGCAGCGACAUCAACGCAACCUGGUCCUUCUUGGAGCAGGGUAUCGACCAGAUCAUGAACCGCCUCGAGGACGGUCUGACCUACAAGCGCUAUAUGGAGAUUUACACUGUCAUCUACAACUACUGUACCACUAAGGCCAACAACGACGGUAUAGGGGCCUCGAUCCAAACCCGAGGUGCAACCUUGGGUGGGAGUGAUUUGUAUUCGCGUCUGAUCCGAUAUUUUCAGAAACACCUCGAGGUCAUUCGCAAGGACUCGGAAAAGUUCAUGGAUGUGUCCCUACUGGAAUACUAUACCAAACAAUGGGUCAAGUUCACUGGAGCUUCGGUGUAUGUCCACCAUCUAUUCACUUAUCUAAACCGCCACUGGGUUAAGCGCGAGAUCGACGAGGGUCGCAAAACGGUACACGAUGUCGGAACUCUUGCCCUCGUGAGCUGGAAAGACAGCUUGUUCAGCCAUGUUGAACGCAAUGUCAUGGCCGCUGUCCUUCAACUAAUUGAGCGCCAACGAAAUGGAGAGUCCGUGGAGACUAGUUUGUUGCGCAACGUUGUAGAGUCGUUUGUUUCGCUGGGUUUGGACGAGAAUGAUUCGAAAAAGACCACGCUUGAGGUAUAUCGCCAGUACUUCGAAAAGCCUUUCGUCAGUGCCACCGAGGUUUACUACAAGAUGGAGUCUGAAAAGUUCCUUAGCGAAAACAGCGUUACAGAAUACAUGAAGAAGGCGGAGGCCCGCUUGGCGGAGGAAGAAAGCCGUGUGCAGAUGUAUCUCCACGCAAGCACACACAAGCCCCUUAUUCAGACGUGUGAAACGGUCCUCGUCAAAGGCCACACGGAGAUCAUCUGGGAGGAGUUCCAGAACCUCUUAAACCAGGAUAAGCAGGAGGAUCUUUUCAGAAUGUUCUCGCUGCUGCUCCGCAUCCCCGAGGGUCUCGAUCCACUCCGGGCUCGCUUCGAGGCGCAUGUCCGAAAGGCUGGUUUGAGCGCAAUUGAAAAGAUUGCCGACGAGUCGUCAGAUACCUUGGAGCCUAAGGUGUAUGUGGAUGCACUCCUGGAGGUCCACAAAAAGUACAAUGACCUUGUGCAGACUGCAUUCCGUGGUGAAGCCGGUUUUGUGGCAUCCCUGGAUAAGGCAUGUCGUGAGUUUGUGAACCGAAAUAAGAUUUGUAAGUCGUCGACAUCAAAGUCCCCGGAACAGCUGGCCCGCUACUGUGACUCCUUGUUGCGAAAGAGCUCCAAGAACCCCGAGGAGAACGAUUUGGAGGAGAUUCUGAACAGCAUUAUGACAGUGUUCAAGUACGUGGAAGACAAGGAUGUGUUUCAAAAGUUCUACUCCAAGAUGUUGGCGAAGCGAUUGGUCAACGAUACGUCUGCAUCGGAUGAUGCGGAAGCUGGCAUGAUCUCAAGGCUGAAGGAGGCAUGUGGAUUUGAAUACACCUCAAAGCUCCAGCGCAUGUUUACGGAUAUGGGACUUUCGAAGGAGUUGAACGACCAGUUCAGGGAUAAGAUGGCACAGAACCAUGAUUCGUCCGAGAACACGGUCGACUUUUCGAUUCUUGUACUGGGUACAGCCUCGUGGCCUUUGCAGGCGCCCACGACGUCGUUUAACUUGCCAGACGAUGUUGUCAAGACAUACGAGCGAUUCCAGGCAUUCUACCAGGACAAGCAUUCUGGACGCAAACUUAACUGGCUUUUCCAGCUGUCGAAGGCGGAUUUGAAGACCAACUAUAUCAAGUCGAGUAAGACUGGGUAUUCUUUCCAGACGUCGACAUACCAGAUGGGCAUUCUGUUACAGUACAACAACGGUCUGUCCUACACUUUUGAGGAGCUGCAGACACAAACGAAUUUGAACCCGGAGAUUCUGUCAGGGGCGCUAGGCAUCUUGGUGAAGCUCAAGGUCCUUUUGCUGGAGAACGGAACCAAUGUCGGCGAUGCAGGCACGAGAUACGAUCUGAACAUGGACUUUAAAAACAAGAAGAUUCGUGUUAACUUGAAUAUGCCAUUGAAGGCAGAACAGAAGGUGGAAACGGAGGAGACGCACAAGACAAUUGAGGAGGAUCGCAAGUUGCUAAUGCAGGCAGCGAUUGUGCGUAUCAUGAAGACGCGCAAAGUGAUGAAGCAUGCUGCCUUAAUGAGCGAGGUCAUUACUCAACUCCAGACCCGGUUCAAACCCCGUGUGCCGGACAUCAAGAAGUGCAUUGACGUACUGCUGGAGAAGGAGUACAUUGAGCGAGUCGAGGGACAAAAGGAUAUGUUCUCGUACGUUGCCUAA